AUGGAGCAGUCUUUAUCAUUACAAUCAUGCUCGAUAGAACUAUGUGAACUGUCGGUGCUCAUCAUAUGUGAAUGUCAUAAUAAGCGCUUUUGUAAUGAUCAUUUUAUCGAACAUAUCAACAAACCUGAGGCGACAAGUACUGGUACAAAACAGCCCAAGGAUACGACGUAUACGCGACGACCUUGUUUUAGCGUGUUCAAUGGCUGGUGGCGAUAUUUUUACGGAAGAAUGACAUGUUCUUCGUCGGAGAGAAACAAACAAGAAGUUGAACUGCAGCAGACUGAAGAUGUCACGACGAUAACUAAAGCAAGUGUUACGAAAGCAAGAUCUGAGAGAAAAGUUCGCACUAAAUCACACCGGGGAAAUCUAUUUCCGUUGAAAGAACCGGACCAAACUGUUCAAACAAGAGAAAAGAAUUCUGUCGCGAUGGCUUGCAGCAAAAAACAUCUCUUAAUCGAACAAAAACCGAAUCUUUCCCUAUUCGAUCGAAAAUUGAACCUUAUCAAACAGAUCCCAUGGUCAUACAUGCAUGUUAACAUAUAUUGGGCAUCUGCGCUUGAACGCUUUAUUCUCGUCACUCAUAAAGAUAUUUUCACUCUCGAUGAAAACACCAUGGAACUCGAGGAACAGCCGAUCGUUCAUCAUAAUAAAAAAGAUUGGUCAGGCGCUGCAUGCUCCGAAACGGUUUUAUACUUAUCGACUAUGGACAUGUCUCCAUGUUUAUAUCAAUAUUCUCUUCUUCCAUCGAUCGAAUUCAUCAAAGAACAACAAUUAGGUGUUAUGUGUCUCCUGUACGAAUCCAUUUUAACGUUUAGUUACGCGAACGAACGAUUAGCGUUCAUUAUUUGUAAUGCUCAAACUUUUCAAAAUCGCUUAGAACUGCAUUCAUCAGUAACAUUCGAUGUACUCUGGAUUCUACCGCUAAAUGUUCUCGCACGAUGCUGUCCGAUCAGAGUUGAUCAAUGGUUGAUCAUCAAUUCUCUCGAUUCACAAAUUCUACAUAUAUCGUCCGAUGGAACAAUCUUACAGAAUUAUAUCCAUAGAUCAUCAUCGAUGAAUCCAAUUAUAAAUGCGGUUCAAUGGGAUAAACAAACGCUUGUCACUGUUUCUCUAAAUACUCUUCAUUUACAUAAACUUUCUCUUUAA